UAAAAAGCUGUUCCUGAGUAUCACCAGCAUACCGGAAGUGGCUGGUGAGAACUUCCGGUUGUCACGGUGAUGGCGGAUGUUGUUGAAGUAGAGUCGAUGAAGAAUUAUCACAUAGCGUUUGAGAAGAUCGACUUGAACACCAGUCGGUAUCCGUACUGCAUUGUGUGGACACCAAUCCCUGUGUUAUCAUGGCUGUUUCCAUUCAUUGGUCACAUGGGUAUCUGCACGUCUGCUGGUGUGAUCCGUGACUUCGCUGGACCUUACUUUGUAUCUGAAGACAAUAUGGCGUUUGGAAGACCAACAAAGUACUGGAUGCUGGAUGUCAGCAAAGUUUACACCAGUGGCUCUAACGCCUGGGACACGGCAGUGCAUGAUGCUUCAGAGGAAUACAAACACAGGAUGCACAAUCUUUGUUGUGACAACUGUCACUCGCACGUUGCCAUGGCACUGAACCUCAUGCGCUACGACAAUAGCACCUCGUGGAACAUGGUGAACCUCUGUCUGCUCGCCCUCAUAAACGGCAAACACGUCAGCUGUGUCGGAUUUCUGAAGACCUGGUUGCCGUUCAUCGUUCUGUGCAGCAUCGUUGUGUCGCUCGCUCUGUACAUGAACUUGCGGUGACCACAGUGGGGUCGUAGAGACCACUGAAUCCAGGUGAAUAUCCGGGUUAUUAGACAAUAAAACGGGACUCGGAUGAACGUCGGCCGGACUACACUGUACGGGACGACACGCUCAGAUGAUGGACGAUUCCCGUGCAGAUGAAGAGCCCCACGACUGAAAGCUAGUCCUAAACCUGUUUUUCAUAGGAUGGAGAAAGGAAACCCAUCAUGGGUCCUUUGUCUCCUUGUAACGUAAGAAAUUACAGCAUGUACUCAAAUGCUUGUCUUCCAAGGUGUGAAAUUAAUGGUGCUGAUUUCUGGGUCGGUUGCAGAUUGGAUUAUUAUUCUGUCCCACAAUCAUAACCUCUGUUUAGACAAUUUAACGUGACUAAUUUUCAGUCUGCUUUGAAACUGCAGAAAACUUUCUUUCUUGAUAACAUGAUGCUUUGGAUCCUGUUUAUGGAGCUUCUGGUCUGUGUGGUUUUUUCUCUAUGUUCACUUUAUUGUGCUGUAGAACAUCAUUUGGUGUUCAGGUCAUUUUAUACACAUCUUUGCACUCAGCUUUCACACUGCCAUGUGAACACGAGGAGGAUUUUAACAUUCAGUGCUGUAGCAGGUAGACCGCCACAUCACAGCCCCCUGAGCCGGGGGUCCAUAUGGGACUGCACUUUAUACAGCAGCUCACUGCUUCAUCUUCACAGAGUGGAUUCACAGGAUGCUGUUAGCUGGAGUUCUCUGGUCUCUCUGCUGCUGUCACUUUCAUAGUAGUUUUACUGACCAAUAAACAAAUGACGUAUACAAACAUAAACCACCAGAAUUAGCCACGUUGGUGCACCUUAUUAACAUACUCUACAGUGAUAUCAACAUGAAUGCAGUAUUUAGAACAGAACUCUGCUUCAUCACACCACAGAUAAACAAACUGAAACAGC